GUCCGCAGAUCUGGGCGUUUUUCUUCCCUGUGUGGCCCUUGGCCUUCUGCAGACAACAGUAUCGGCAAAAUGGCAACGGCUCAGAAGCAAAGGAGUGCGAUGAAUGCAGUUGUAUUUCCUAAUAAAAUAUCUACGGAACAGCAAUCGUUGAUACUAGUGAAGAGGCUCCUCGCAGUAGCUGUCUCCUGCAUUACGUAUCUAAGAGGAAUCUUCCCUGAAAGCGCCUAUGGAACGAGAUACUUGGAUGAUCUAUGUGUCAAAAUUUUGAGGGAAGAUAAAAACUGUCCUGGAUCAACUCAGCUGGUGAAAUGGAUGUUAGGAUGCUAUGAUGCCUUGCAGAAGAAAUAUCUAAGGAUGAUUGUCCUCGCAGUCUACACUCAUCCAGAUGAUCCACAGACAGUUACAGAAUGUUACCAUUUCAAAUUCAAAUACACCCACAACGGCCCCCUCCUGGACUUCAGCAGUAAGAAUAAACGGAAUGAUUCCAGCAUCACAUGUGCGGACACAAAGAAAGCGAGCAUCCUCCUCCUUCGCAAGAUCUAUGUGCUCAUGCAAAAUCUGGGCCCGCUCCCAAAUGACGUUUGCUUGACUAUGAAGCUGUUUUAUUAUGACGAAGUUACACCACCUGAUUACCAGCCUCCUGGCUUUAAGGAAGGUGAAUGUGAGGGCAUGAUAUUUGAGGGCGAACCAAUGUAUCUGAAUGUGGGCGAAGUGCCAACGCCUUUUCACAUGCUGAAAGUUAAAGUGACAACUGAAAAACAACGAAUGGAAAAUGUUGAUAAAAGCAUCCUAAAGCAGGGGGACACCAGUGCACCCCUGCAGGUGCUCAGACUGGACAAAGAUGAUACCGAAGAGCAAAGCACGAAUGAAGAUCCUGUCUUGGAUAGUAAAGGGGAAGAUGGGAAAAAUGUAGAUACUUCACAAGCUGAAGAACCAAAUCUAACAUGUGAGGAGGAUGAAAUUACAAAGGCUGAAGGGAAUCGAAAUCCCAGUGUUUCCAUUCCUCAGGUUGAUCAUUUAGCACAUAAGACGUCUGAACUUCACAUGUCAGAGAGCAGGACAAGAAGUGGAAAGAUAUUUCAAACCAACACUGUUCAUCAAUUUGAACUCUCCUCUAGUCAAGACGUGCUGCCAAAAAGGAGAAAAAUUAGUGAACCAAAGGAGCAGUUUUAGAUACCUGUCCUUCUGCUGUUGACAGAAUUUCUCAGUAUUGCUUCCAUUUGUUGUUUAAUAGGCAUGUUAAUAUUUAAAUAGCAUUUAGGAAUCUUUUCUGCUUCACUUAUAGUCAAAACAUAGGGAAUUUUAUAUCUAAGGGAAAAAAAAAAUCUGUUAGGUUGAAGAAACUGCAAGUUGUUUUUAUAGGUAGCUGUAUUGAUACUUAAUCUCUGGAAAGAAAAAAGACAUCAUAACAAAAGAUGAAUUUAGGGGGAUUUGAGUUUCUGCUAACAUUAUAUUUAAAUACUGAUGGUGAUUGUGUAUGCCCAUUAAUUGAAAUACGAGGUUAUUUCACUGUGCCUUUUUUUUGGGCUGCAUUUAAAAGGCUUAGGAACUCCUUGUUCAGAACCUGGCACAGCAUUAAAACUUCAAGUGUUGUGUUAUUUCCUGGUGCUUUAUCGAGUGGGUUCAGGAGGGCGGCGUUGUCUGUUAAACAGCAUUACAAUUUUCCUUUUUACUACACAGCAAGCAGAACUGGGGAUGUUUAGGUGGCCUCAUUCGCUGCGUUUUUUUUCCAGACUGGAUUUUUUUUUCCCAGACUGGAUUCCUAUAUUAAGUUUCGUAUUUCCCAAAGGAGUGUGGGAUGUGCAUACAACUGGGAUGGGAUACAUGUGUGUAGUUACAGGCAGGGUGCUAAUUUGUUGCAGGUGUCUGCUGAAAUGGUGGAAGCUGAAAAAGUUGAAAAACAAAGAAACCUGUAUGUAUGUGAAAUGAUUAAUUGUAGGAGUCAAGUGAUGCUGUUUCUGUUUUUCUUAAGCAAUUAAUUGUUAAUUUUGUGUAUACUAUAAAUGGUUUGGAGUGAAGCUAUUUAUGCAGGACUAAGAGCUACUGCUAUGUUUAAGCUGGAUGUGAAUAGCUGAGCAUUUCUUGAUUUUUCUUUUGAUUAAGAACAUCUUAUCAUAUUAAAAGA